GUCGGAUAUCUAUCGAAAGGAGGGCUAUAAAUAGAACCCUCCAAGUUUUCAUUUAGACACAACAAAACUCAAAACACACAUAUUAUCUUCAUUAGAGUUAUCUCCAUAUUAUAAGUCGUCUCCUUCGAGAAUUAUGGCGAUUUCAAAAGCCCUUGUUGCGUCUCUUCUCGUAUCUCUUCUUGUUCUCCAACUCGUUCAGGCCGAUGUGGAAACCUCAAACAAAAAAGGUGGUUACGGCAGUAAAAUUGAUUGUGGAAGUGCUUGUGUAGCAAGGUGCAGGCUCUCAAGUAGACCGAACCUUUGUCACAGAGCGUGCGGGACCUGUUGCGCCAGGUGCAACUGUGUACCACCUGGUACAUACGGAAACUACGACAAGUGCGAGUGCUACGCUACCCUCACCACCCAUGGUGGUCGCCGCAAGUGCCCUUAAGUUAAAAAUGCAUACUCCCAAAUUGCUGUGGAUGUUGAAUUCAAUACUCUGUCGUUUUGUUUGUUAGUAUUUGUUUGCAUAUAUGAUAUUUGUAUGUGGAUCGAAUAAGUCAUGAGAGCCGGACGUCGCCUUUGUGUGUGGUGCUGUAUUAUUAAUUGGUCUAUUUGUUGCAAGUAUUUUGGUUUUCCAUUCGUUGCAUGAAAUAAUCUCGUUGUGUUAUUUCACUUUCUAAAUAAAGUUAUGUUGCUUUAUAAAUGAUUGAUUAUAUAAUAUGAUUUUCCUCAGUGA